UGGACGCAUGCAACGUCGAUGCCACCUGGCGAAGCCAGGUGUUCUGAAUGUGUAUCAAACUGCGCUGACAUCCGGGCUGAGUACGCGUCCACUGAACACCGUUGAAGAUCACUGGUCGCAUAUUUGUCAGACGUUACUAUCGGCAGGCAUGUCUUCAUGUGGCGAAUCAAAUUGUCAAAUUGGACAUUGGGUCUCUACACAGUCUCUUGAACUUACGGAUGCUUGCCGACGUAUUCCGGCAGGAAGCGAAUACAAUGAGAUUCGCAAAAAUCUCAGGGCAAAAUUUCGUGCUAGCCUGAAAAAAGACCACGAAGUCUGGUGGUCUCAUUGUGCCUCGGAGAUGGAAACAGCCGCUACCGUUGGUAAUCAUCGUAAGUUAUUCCGUCUGAUAUGGGAACCAAGCAGCAGGAAACCUGGUGUUAGCGAGACCAUACGCGGCGGGAGUGGGAAGCCGAUUCACCACCUGUCAAAACUCUUGGAGCGUUGGGCCGAACAAUGCAAAACAACUUAACCAAUCUGAGUUAUCGCUUCUUUUUCGGGCAUUAAGCGCCCUUCUUCCUAGGCCCUCUCCUUGAAUCCAUCCUCACGCACAGAGAUCGAACGUGAGAUCAGGCUGUUGAAAUUGCAUAAGGCUUCAGGGGCAGAUAGAACUCCCCCAGCCCUCUUCAUAUUCGGGGGACCUUCUCUAGUAGACGAUUUACACGAGUUGCCAGUGAAACUUUUGGAGCAGGAGACUGUCCCGACAGACUGGAACCGCUCUGUCAUUGUCCCAAUUUUUAGUGGAGGCUCCCGUUCGAGAUGCGGCAGUCAUAGAGGGAUUAGUCUGAUCUCAAUUGCCUCUAAAUUGCUUGCGUCUGUCAUUCUCCACAGACUGACUGGCACUCGUGAAAGCCAGGUUUCGUCGAGGUCGGGCGGCAUCGACCAAACCUUCACCUUGCGUCAAGUGUUGGAGCGCCGCCAUGUUUAUUGGCGACCAACCGUUGUCGUGUUUCUUGACAUAAAACCUGCCUUCGACUCAUUUGGUCGAUGUGCCUUAUGGGACUGUCUGCUGAGAAACGU